AUGGAGCCAGUAAGUUCAUCAAACCCAGAUCUUAGAAAAGUUGCUGUUGCUGCUGAAGUGGCGGGGUUUGGGCAUUCUGUUGAUGAAAUUUCUGCAAAGGUUGAUACGCUUGAGAAAAGAGUGAACGAGGUUGAACGAUUUUACUUGACUACAGGUAGUCCGCAACUAACCAAUUCAAAAGGUAGCUCAAUUGUGAAGGAUAAACAGUUAAAUCUUCUUAAGAAGCAGCAGCAAGAUGCAUCACGUAGGGAAGUAACUGCUACAAAGAGAAUGCAAGAGCUCAUGCGGCAAUUUGCCUCAAUAUUCCGUCAGAUCACUCAGCACGAAUGGGCAUGGCCCUUCAAGGAGCCUGUAGAUGUUGAAAGUCUGGGAUUGCAUGACUAUUAUGAAGUUAUUGAGAAGCCUAUGGACUUUGGAACCAUAAAAAAUAAAAUGGAAGCUAAGGAUGGUACUGCCUAUAAGAAUGUUAGAGAAAUAUAUGCUGAUGUGAGGCUGGUAUUUAAGAAUGCAAUGAAAUAUAAUGAUGACAAAGAUGAUGUCCACGUGAUGGCCAAAACUUUGUUGGAAAAGUUUGAAGAAAAAUGGCUAAAGCUUUUGCCAAAAGUUGUUGAAGAGGAAACAAGACGAGUAGAUGAGGAAGCAGAGGCACGACUACACACGCAACUUGCCCAGGAGGCUGCUUAUGCCAGCAUGGCUAAGGAUCUAAGCACUGAGCUUGUAGAGAUUGAUCUGUAUUUGAAGGACCUCAGAGAAAUGGUGGUUCAGAAGUGCAGGAAAAUGUCUUCUGUUGAUAAGAGAAAACUUGGGACAGCUCUCACCCAUUUAUCUCCUGACGAUCUCAGCAAGGCUCUGGCAAUUGUCGCUCAGAAUAACCCCAGCUUCCAAGCAAGUGCGCAAGAAGUGGAUCUUGACAUUGAUGCUCAGAGUGAGUGCACAUUAUGGAGGUUAAAAGUUUUUGUUAAGGAGGCACUAAAAGUUCAGGGAAAAAGUUCUGAAGGCACUGCCGGCAACAAAGUUACAGCCUCCAAACGAAACAGAGAGAUUUCUGAAGCUGUUCCCAAGACUAACGCAAAAAGGACUAAAAAGCUCUCUUGUUUGUGA